AUGAUUUCAAUUCUUUUUCCAUAUAUUAUAAAACCAGCAAAUGAAGUAUUACCAGUUGUUCAAAGAUGGUUUACUGAUUAUAAUAACAACAAUCCAAUCAAACGAUUGGCAGCACUCUUACUUGCAGAAGUAAAGCAUAUUUUUGAGCCAGCAGUUGAUACAGUUAUAGAUUUAUUAAAAAGUGAUAAUGAUCAAAUAAGAUAUAGAGCUCAACGAAUUUUUCAACAUCCAGAAAGAGAUGUCAGUGAACCUAGUAAGAGAAUAUCUGUCAUUGGUGAAAAAACCUUAAGAAAAAUUCUUCACGAUGCAUGGAUUAAAGAGUCUCUUCCAAGUGUUCGUACCUAUCUUGGUACUUUUUUCUUUGACGUACUAUGGGAUGAUCCCACAGUUUUUCGAAACUUAUAUGAAAGUGUUGAGCAAUCAAGACAGAUAAACUCUGUUGGUAGAAGAAGAUUUUUUUGUGAUAAGAUCCAAUUUAUAAACGAUCAUACUUGGCACUCUAUAAUGCGAUCAUUAGAGUUAUCAUCACAUCCGCGGUAUGUAGAAGAACUACUUCAUUCAACGAUGCGUUUAACCACACGUUCUCAAAUUAAACAAAAUGAUUGGAUGGACUUCGCAAGAGUUUUAUCAGUUACAGAUACGAAUCAAUUUGAGGAAAAGUUAUAUUUUUUACGUACAGAUGUGGAAAAUAUACAAUUUAUUCUUGAUGAAAUUUGUACUUCAAUACAUGUUAUUGAUGAAACAUAUUUUGAAAAUCUUGAAUCAAAAUUAAUCAGUCAAACAACCAUCAAAGUUGAAGAACUUUCACGAUGUACUUAUGACGAAAUCAAGCAUAUAGGUCGUUGUAAUUUUACUGUUUCAAUUGAUUUGAAUAAAACAAUACUAAAUAUGUUAAAUAAUACUUCAAUAAAUAUUGUUGUAAUGGAAAAUUUAAUUAAAUGGUUAUUACAAAAAAUGGCUAGUUUUAAUGGUAUUAAUGAUACUUCGUUCUCAUUGAUCUUAUGUGAAAAUCUAUUGUCAUUGGUGUCUGCUUGUGCUCAAAAAGAAGACUAUUUGUAUCGAAAAACAACGAACUCUCAAAACUUCAAUAAGACUCAAAUGAUUAAACUUUUAGAAAAAAUGCUUAAUAAUCAUCCGUUUUUUCCAGCAAGAGGCAACGCUUUUAUAUUACUUUCAGUACUGGACCAAUCUGAUAAUAAAGUAAUUGUAAAUGCCAUGAACACAUUAUUUGAUGAAAAUCUUGUGAAACAAUAUUCUGUGAUUGGAAUUCCUCUAAUACAUUUAUCAGCAGAUGAAUAUAUUAAUGAUUUAUUGGAAUCAUUAAAAAACGAAAGUGCCAUAAAAGCUUAUGAAAUACUCAAAAUUUUAACAGAAUUUACUUUACAUGAAAACGUAAAUACAAGCAAUAAAUCAAAAAUUAUAAAUUAUUUAGCAAAAGAAAUAGGACAAUUAAAAUCGAAAAAGCCUAUUAAUUAUUACUAUACAGAUAUUAAAAUUCCUUUUACAACAACUUUGGAAAAUGAAUUAUAUAAAGCAUGGAUUAAAAUACAAGGCCUCUCUGGCAAAACACAAUAUUCUAUUAAGAUUGAAGAAUGA